UAAUUACCAUAUCUUGAUUAAGGGUUUUUAUUCAAGAUUUCAUGAAGGUUCAUAAAUCCGAGAAAUCCUACAACAAUUAUGAAAGGAUUCGGAAUCAUCUGCCAGUAGGAGAUUGGCCGGCAUCAUGGCAGCACGGGUGACAAAAUCUCUGCUUAACUAUUUUCGCUCAGCUGGAAGUCGCCAGUUCAGUAGUGAUGUCCGGACAGUUACCCUAAUCCCAGGAGAUGGUAUUGGACCAGAAAUCUCUGCUGCAGUUCAGCAGAUAUUUACAACUGCAAAUGUUCCCAUUACAUGGGAGGAGGUUGAUGUGACACCAGUAAAGGGCCCAGAUGGCAAAUUCGGCAUCCCACCAGCUGCCAUUGAGUCUGUGAACAGAAAUGGAAUUGGACUGAAGGGACCCCUCAUGACACCAGUUGGCAAAGGUCAUCGUUCUCUCAAUCUUGCCAUCCGUAAGGAGUUUAGUCUUUACGCAAAUGUACGUCCUUGCAGAAGUAUGGAGGGAUAUGAGACUCUCUAUAAAGAUGUGGAUGUGGUGACAAUCCGUGAGAACACAGAAGGAGAAUAUUCUGGAAUUGAACACGAGAUUGUUGAUGGUGUCGUUCAAAGCAUCAAGCUCAUCACAGAACCAGCAUCCAGGCGUGUUGCAGAGUAUGCUUUCCAGUAUGCACGCAACAAUGGCAGAUCAAAAGUAACAGCUGUACAUAAGGCUAACAUCAUGCGCAUGUCUGAUGGCCUCUUCCUGCGAUGUUGCCGAGAAGCUGCUGAAAAGAAUCCAGACAUCAGGUUUGAAGAGAAGUAUUUAGAUACUGUGUGCCUUAACAUGGUACAAGAUCCCUCACAGUAUGAUGUCCUCGUGAUGCCAAACCUCUAUGGUGACAUCUUAUCAGAUCUUUGUGCUGGGCUAGUUGGAGGUCUCGGUCUUACUCCUUCAGGAAAUAUUGGUGAGGGAGGUGCUGUAUUCGAGUCUGUCCACGGAACUGCUCCUGAUAUUGCAGGUCAAGACAAGGCCAAUCCUACUGCCCUCCUGCUGUCAGCUGUAAUGAUGCUGCGCUUUAUGGAACUCCAUAAUCAUGCUGCUGUUAUCGAGAAAGCCUGUUUUGAAACCAUCAAGGAGGGCAAUUUCCGUACAGCUGAUUUAGGUGGUUCUGCCAAGUGUUCAGAGUUUACAGGUGAGAUCUGUAGGAAGAUUGAAGAAAUGAGUGGUUAGAACUGGGGACUAGGAUUGUUAUUUAUAGUAGUUGGCAUAGAUAGUAUUAUAAAACGAUAAGAAGUGUUUAUGGAAAAAAGGAAUAUGACACAAUUCUAAGAGAUCAAAUAUGUAGAAGGUAUGAGAAUUAAGUAGAGUAUACUGCAGUAAACUUAGAAGGUCUAAGGUAGCAACUUACAUUUGUGGUGAAUUUCUUUUAGUUUAUCUUUUUUAUAGUAAAGGGAGCUUAUCAUGUAUUGAUGAAGCAAGUGAUCUCAGUAGGGGUCUGUACA